UAAAUGUGACACAAAUGAGAAAAAAAAUGCUUAAUAGUUCUCUGAUGAAUAGAAUAUUAUUAUUUUUUUUAAUUUUUGUAUCACCAACAUUUACACACUCCAUCAAUUCUACUGAAGAAGAAACAAUAGUAGAAGAGUUUAUAUUGUGUAGAUAUUGCGGUAGCGACGUAACGAUUUCAAACUUUUUUCUAAAUAAAAUCAGUCCGUAUGCUUUGUCGGCAUCAAAUCAAACGUUCUACAAUCAUCAGAAAAUUCUCGUCCAAACAUUAGAAAAUUCACUUGGUGUACAAUUCAAAGUUGUCAUCGUUCGAAAGGCGCACUGUGCUGCAAUUAAUAUUCGGUGGAGUGAUCAUUUCAGUUGGUUUCCGGGUUAUAAGUGGCGCAUUUGUUUGUGUUCAAAUUCGAAAUGUACACGUCAUUUGGGUUGGAUGUUUGAACCUGCCGAUAGUCCAGAAAUAAAUUCAUUACACGCGCCAUCCGAUCAAGGAUUCUAUGCCUUAAUUGUUGGUGAUAUUUUAACCGAAUCUCACGUUAAUUCAUUGUUAAUGACCGAAAAGCAUCAUACCGAAUUCUGAAAGUACAUCAAA